CUUCACUGACCUACUGAAACAGGCACCUCAAACUGCCACGCCUAUUUCCCUAUUUCUAGAAUCUGAUCUGGUGCCGCCGCCUCUCCCUCUCCACCUUAUCCUUCUCCUCCCCUUCGUCGUCCUGUGACUGAUCGCAUCACCGCCGGAUUGAGCGCUGCGCAAUGCCCCUCUUCACCUCGAUCUGCCUCCUGCACUCGGCGGUGGCCGUCACCUGCGGCGCGCUCAUGAUGUUCUACCUCAGCGAGGUCUCGGUGAUCAGCCACGGCCGGGAAACAGCGCAGCGGCUGCAGGGCUCCACGCCGCACGACCAGCUGCUGAUCCAGACCUCUGACUCCUUCGCCGGCCUCCUCCUCUUGGCCAUCGGCCUCUUCCUCUUCAUGAUCGCCUUCGUCAAGGACCGCGCCUUCCAGACCUUCUUCGCCAAGGGAUGCAUCCUCCUCCACGCCGCUAUGGCCCUCUGGCGCCUCUACUUCGAGCGCCGCCUCGAAGAUCUCGCUCGCGACUGGCCCCGCCAGAUCGUCGGCGACCUCGUCCUCAGCCUCUCCUGGGUCAUCUUCCUCGCCUACUCCUGGCGGGAGAAAUACGACUAGAAUUAGCAAGAUCCAAAGGGUUAUUCACCUCCUCUAGCCGUCUACCAUAAGGAACCAACAAUUGGUAUCAUAACAAGGACAUUUUAAGAGGGCUAACCACCAAUCGAAGCAUCAGGAUGAUCGAACCGUGCACCUACCCGCUAAGUUUGAGGGGAAAUUUGCGAUUUGGAAAAGAAAGAUUGAGGUAUUCUUCAAAACAGAUUUUGAUUUAUUACUAAUUUUAAAGUAUGAUUUUG